UACGGAAAUACAGGAGGUCGUCCAGACACGUGAUUGAUUCAGUAUGGCGGAGCUGUUGUAAUUUUUUUACAGUACCGACGGGUCCUAAAACCCUGCCCGUGGAUGCUCCUGCAGACUGGAGGGGAUAUAGCCAUUUGCCCCCAGGGGUGCUGAAUUCAGCCUGAGUGGAAGGAAUCCUGCCACAACACACCACUGAGGUCUCCACCUGUGGCUCGGCGGGAUGAAGCCUUGAGAAACAACUGCUCUCUGUCCCUCCUUGGCCUGGCGCCUCCACCUGGCAGCACCAGCUUGCCUGGGAAACACAUGGUGGUCACUGCAGCUGCCACGGUCUGCCUGGCAACAACAACCAUAACAAUGAGCUCUCACAGUCGAUCAGGUGGCUUGACCAGCAACGAACAGCCUGUGGAACUUCUUAAACCAGCUGCACUCAACCAUUUCGUGGAUGUGAGCACGGCGGCACUGCCCAUGCAGGUGCCCCCCGCCACCACAGCCAUCCUUCCCAUGGACCUACGCGUAGUGGACCAUCCCCACCACCACCACCACCACCACCACCAGCAGCCCUCCUUCGGACUGGCUUCCCAACCCCACCCUACCCCGCCCGUCUCCACAGCUUGCCCCGCCUCCUCCGAGCCAGGCCGCGGGACAGUCAUUAACCCCCCGGAGCAGCAGCUGCAGCAGGAGCUGGUAUCUCUCAAACACAAGCAGCAGCUCCAGAGACAGCUCCUGAUCGCCGAGUUCCAGAGGCAGCACGAACAGCUGUCGCGACAACAUGAAGUCCAGCUGCAGGAACAUGUCAAGUCUUGUCUCUCUCUCCACCAGCACCAACAGGACUUACUGGCGCUCAAGCACCAGCAGGAGCUGUUGGAGCACCAGAGGAAGAUGGAGCAGCAGCGUCAUGAGCAGGAGAUAGAGAAGCAGCAGCGGGAACACAAACUCCUACAGCUCAAAAACAAGGAGAGGGGACAGGAGAGUGCAGUCGCCAGUACAGAGGUUAAGAUGCGUCUUCAGGAGUUUGUCCUGAACAAGAAGAAAGCCCUGGCUCAGCGAAACCUAACCCACUGUCUGCCCAGCGACCCACGCUUCUGGUAUGGAAAAACCCAGCACAGCUCUUUGGACCAGAGCUCUCCUCCCCAAACAGCUUUGUCAGCGUACACCCACCCAAUGCUGGGCACAUACGACUCGAGAGAUGACUUCCCACUCCGCAAAACAGCCUCUGAACCCAACCUGAAGCUUCGUUCCCGGCUAAAGCAGAAGGUGACAGAGCGCCGCAGCAGCCCUCUGCUCAGAAGGAAAGAUGGUCCUAUCGCUACUGCCAAGAAGCGUUCCUUCGACUUGGCUGAGUCUGCAUGCAACAGUGCACCAGGCUCAGGACCAAGCUCCCCCAACAACAGCUCUAGUAACAUCCCAAGUGAGAACGGGGUCACUAUCUCCAGCAGCCCAGGAGAGGUCUCCCUGCUACACAGGUUGGCUGCAAGGGAAGGUUCAGUUAGCCAGCUCUCUCUCUACACCUCCCCUUCUCUGCCCAACAUCACCCUGGGACUGCCAGCCACAGGCCCUGCUAGCACUCUGAUGUCAGGACACCAAAAUGGUGAGAGUCGUCUGGCAUUGCCUGCCCUACAGCAAGGCAUUCCUCUGACCCCUCCAUUCCUGCCCACGGCCCACCUGCCCUCCUACUUGGCAUCUUCAGCUCUGGACAGGGAGGGGGCCGCAGGGGGAACGGCUGGUCACAACCCCCUUCUCCAACACAUGGUACUGCUGGAGCAGAGCCACAAUCCAAUGGUUGGUCUGGCUGGCCUCCCACUACCAUCACCCUCUGUCUCUAAACUUGCGCGUGGCCACCGCCCCCUUGGAAGGACCCAGUCUGCUCCCCUGCCUCAGCAGCAAUGUGGACAGGCCCAAGCCCUGCAGCAGCUGGUGGUGCAGCAGCAACACCAGCAGUUCCUGGAGAAACACAAACAACAGUUCCAACAGCAGCAGCACAUCAUCAACAAGAUCAUGUCCAAGCCCAGUGAUCAGGUCUCCUUAGCGAGCUCCAGCACCUCAGGGCCAGGCAGGCAGCACCAGAGUCACCCAGAGGAGACGGAAGAGGAACUCAGGGAGCACCAGGGCCUCUCCCUCUCAUCCUCGUCCUCUCCAUCCACACAGGAGACCGGGCCUUUGCAAGGGCUGGUCAUCAAGCAAGAGCCUUCAGACCCCCAAGAGCAGGAGGAGAGAGAUGCUGAGCAGGAGUUCCUGUUCCGACAGCAGGCUCUGAUGUUAGAACAGCAGCGGAUCCACCAGCUGAGGAACUACCAAGCCUCCAUGGAAGCAGCCGGGUUAUCAAUUAGCUUUGCUGGACACCGCCCCCUCUCCAGGGCUCAGUCAUCUCCAGCCUCCGCCUCCUUCCCCAUGGUAGUACAGGAGCCCCCCGCCAAGCCUCGAUUUACUACAGGUCUAGUGUAUGACUCUUUGAUGCAGAAGCACCAGUGCAUAUGUGGCAACACCACCAGUCAUCCAGAGCACGCUGGCCGCAUUCAGAGUAUCUGGUCCCGACUACAGGAAACAGGCCUCAGGGCGCACUGCGAGUGUAUCCGCGGUAGGAAGGCCUCACUGGAGGAGUUGCAGACGGUCCACUCUGAAGCCCACGUCCUGCUGUACGGAACCAACCCCCUGCGGCAAAAAUUAGACUGUUCAGUGAGUCCCAUGUUUGUGAGGCUACCAUGUGGAGGCAUCGGGGUGGACAGCGACACCAUUUGGAAUGAGGUCCACUCAUCCAGCGCAGCUCGUCUGGCCGUCGGCUCGGUGGUGGAGCUCGUCUUUAAAGUAGCAACAGGAGAACUGAAGAAUGGCUUUGCUGUAGUUAGACCUCCUGGACACCACGCUGAGGAGAGCACGCCAAUGGGCUUCUGUUAUUUCAACUCAGUCGCCAUAGCAGCCAAGCUGCUACAGCAGAGACUCAAUGUCAGUAAAAUCCUCAUCGUGGACUGGGAUGUUCACCAUGGUAAUGGCACCCAGCAGGCCUUCUACGCAGACCCCAGUAUUCUCUACCUGUCACUGCAUCGCUACGAUGAUGGCAACUUCUUCCCUGGCAGCGGAGCACCUGACGAGGUGGGCAGUGGAGCAGGUGAAGGUUUCAAUGUGAACAUGGCCUUUACUGGAGGACUGGAGCCUCCCAUGGGGGAUGCAGACUACCUGGCUGCAUUUAGGACUGUGGUUAUGCCUAUUGCCAACGAGUUUGCCCCAGACGUGGUUCUGGUAUCUUCAGGCUUUGAUGUGGUCGACGGACAUGCUCCACCCCUGGGAGGAUACAAACUGACAGCCAAAUGCUUUGGCUAUCUGACCAGGCAGCUGAUGGGUCUGGCAGGCGGUCGGUUGGUGCUUGCCCUGGAGGGGGGUCACGACCUCACAGCUAUAUGUGAUGCCUCGGAAGCCUGCGUCUCUGCCCUGCUUGGCAAUGAGUUGGACCCCAUUCCUGAUGAGGUGAUGCAGCAGAGACCGAAUGCCAACGCUGUCCACUCUAUGGAGAAAGUUCUUGAAAUACAAAGUAAAUUCUGGCGCUCCCUGCAGCGCUCCGCCUCCACACUCGGUUGCUCGUUGAGCGAAGCCCUACGCCAUGAUGCAGAGGAAGCUGAGACUGUCUCCGCUAUGGCCUUGUUGUCUGUCGCCAACAAGCACAUUGGAAAGAGGGCUGAAGAGGAGCCAAUGGAAGAGGAAGCUACUAUGUAAAAAAA